CUUUUCUUACCAUGGUGAUUCCUUUUUAUUCUGAAAAGCUAACCAAUAUUGGCGUGCUACGUGCUACUUUGUUAGUCAAUGCCGAAGCAGCAGCCAAGGCCACGAUCACGGUUCAGGAUAAUGUUCUUCUUGUUGGCAGCGAUCCUGUUGUUAAUUUCUCAGAUGUUGGUGUGGCAUUGGCUUCCGUGCCACCUGUCGUUACGCGACCAGUCGAAACACGGACUGCCAAUCAACGCGUACCUAUUGACGUAAAGUUGACUUUAACCAAGUCGUCCUCAUAUGCCUCGCCGGACAGUGAGGAAUGGUGGCCAGCCAAGGAAGUGCGUCAUUUUCAGCACAUGAACUGCCGUAACUGCGCGAAUCGGCUUUUGCAAACGUCGUCAAGCUUCCAGUGCAAAGAUCUGCCGUCAGAGCAUUGGUACGAAUUGGUGGAAUGCUGGAUCUGUCACGAGACCAAACCAGAAGAACAUCGUGCAAGGAUGCAGCCGAUUCUUGCUCGUCCAGACGCACUAUUGGUCGGCUCCACUUAUUUUCUCGUCCACCCAGACAAUAUCAUCUCGGACGCGGUAGUGGUGGACAAGCCAUUAGCGUCUCGUGUCAAAUGGGAUAGAGGUACGAUGUCCAAGUGGAUCAUGUUCAACUGCAACCAAUGCGGUCAUCCUAUUGGUGAGGGACAAUACGAGCAACGAGAUGAAGAAAUCAAGCUGCUGGCGGCGAAAUUCUUCAAAUACUGCGUCUCUAUCUUACCAUCCUUGAAAUAUCAGCCCACAUUUAUCGACUUUUUUGUAUGUGAUCUAUUGGAAGCUGCCAAAGUCCAUGCAACACAUCGGUUCAUCAUUCAAGGACGCAAUAGUUCCCAAAUAUAUGCACUGUUAUGGCUGUUUAAUUGGGAUACUACUGUUGUUUACAACAAAGGAUUUCUCGAUUCAUCGAACGAAAACUCGACUGUUUAUCAAGAACGAGUGAUGAAAGUGCUGUACCUUGAUUGCAGUCAUAACGACGACAUUCUUGUACAACGGCAUUUGCUGUCAUGGGGAAAAGACAAGACAGCCGAUCAUUUACUGUACCCUGACGCAUACUGCAGGCAGUUGGUCACUGCCAUCUGCGAAACCACCAAGUUGCUGCCGUCAUCGAUGCGAACCAUGAAUCACCCUGCCAUGACGAUGACGCAAAAUUUCUCGGUUGGAUUUGUGAAUCGAAAUUAAUAGUAGGUAGGCCGUUUUGUAUCAUUGCAUAUAUCCUGAUUUGAUGGUUGCCAAAAUAAGCCCACUGAUGGUUUCACUGGAAUGACGAUCCAAAAAAAAAUCAUCUGACACAUCCCAGCCAAAUUGUUAGCGUAGGGGUAUACAAAG